AUGUUUUUGCAGGAUCCGGCUGGGAUAUUCGAAUUAAUCGAAGUAGUUGGUAAUGGUACAUACGGUCAAGUUUACAAGGGAAGACAUGUUAAAACCUCACAAUUGGCCGCCAUAAAAAUCAUGAACAUCAAUGAGGAUGAGGAAGAAGAAAUCAAGAUGGAGAUCAACAUGCUAAAAAAGUAUUCGCAUCAUCGCAACAUUGCUACUUAUUAUGGAGCUUUUAUCAAAAAACUGCCUUCGUCUACGGGAAAACUAGAUCAGCUAUGGUUAGUAAUGGAAUUCUGUGGUAGUGGUUCGGUGACAGAUCUUGUCAAAAGUACUAAAGGCAGUUCACUUAAAGAAGACUGGAUAGCUUACAUAUGCCGUGAAAUUCUCAGGGGUUUAUAUCAUUUACAUCAAAAUAAAGUGAUUCAUCGUGAUAUCAAGGGACAAAACGUUCUACUUACUGACAGUGGUGAAGUUAAACUGGUUGAUUUUGGUGUGAGUGCUCAAUUGGACAGAACAGUUGGGCGCAGGAACACAUUUAUAGGAACCCCUUACUGGAUGGCACCGGAAGUAAUAGCUUGCGAUGAAAACCCAGAUGCAACAUACGAUUCUCGAAGUGAUCUAUGGUCAUUAGGAAUUACAGCAUUGGAAAUGGCAGAAGGCCAUCCACCGCUAGUUGAUAUGCAUCCCAUGAGAGCAUUAUUUCUUAUUCCUCGGAACGCACCACCACGAUUGAAACGAGGCAAAAAAUGGUCGAAGAAAUUCGAUUCUUUCAUCGAAACAGUGCUAGUGAAAGACUACCAUCAACGCCCCUACACAGAUCAACUUUUGAGGCAUCCAUUUAUUCGGGAACAACCACCUGAAAGACAGACACGUAUAGCAAUCAAAGAUCAUCAAGAUAGACAUCGUAGGAUUACCACUAAGAAAGAUGAAACAGAAUAUGAAUAUUCGGGAAGUGAUGAUGACGAAAAUCAUGGACAAAUGGGUAAACCUCUUGACGUAGCUGCAGAAUUAGCUGGCGUAGUACAGUCAACACAGGACAACACUCUGCGGAAAGGUUUUCAGCGCUUGCAAGAAAAUAAUAAGAAUAUGUUCGAGCAUUCACCGUCACAACCGAUCAGACAACGUUCUGCUCUUGCUGGACCUAUUGUUUUACCAUCUGGGCAGCAUCAUCAUAUUUCACAGCAUCAACAAAAACAUCCAUCCACUUCGCAAGCAUUUCAACGCAGUCCUAGAUUCGGUGUCGUCGAUGACUCUCGAGAGCACGUCAAAUUACGACAACAACAGGUGGAUCCACGCUUGGCGCUGAAUGGUUUGGGCCAUCAACGUCACGGUGAUCAUAACCGGCGAUCACAGCGACCUCUUUCUCAUCAUCAAGCGCGUGGUAUAUCACCACAUCAUGCGAGUGCUCUAGUGCCUCAACCGAACCAUCCCGCUGCUCCGCAUCUUGCUGAUCUUGCCAAUUACGAUCGGAAACGUCGAAGCGAGAAAGAAGCAGCACGGGUGGCAGUUGAACAGCGGCGUGAUAGAAGUGCUGCAUCACGUGAUCAGGUUCGUGAUAUGUCUCGAGAGCUAAAAACUCCUCCACAUAUUGCUCGUGUAAGUGCCUCAGUAACCGCUCCAACACCUGUACGAAAGAUGAGCGAACCCGUCUUGAAUGGCAAAGCUGAAAAUCAGGAUUUGGAUGUGUUAGCAAAUGAGCUAACACGAAUGGGAAGACACCAACAAAAUGGUAAUUACAGUCCGCCACCACCAGCCCCACCACCGCGUGAUACAUCGAUAAUGAGUGCAGUGGAUGAAGCUGGUGGAUCUCCUCUUGAUGGCACUCUUCUCGCGAGUGAACCUGUGCUAGAAGAAGGGACACUUCGUGGUCCGAACAAGCCAUUACCGCCAACACCAACGGAUCAGUCACCAGUAUCCGACAUUCCUGGCGACGACGGAACUUUGCUUGCUUCUCACAAGGUAAAUGGAAGUAUAGAUCAUCGUCGUAGUAAUAGUGAUUCGUUGAGUAAAAAUCGACAGUCUCAAAUGGUGAAGGCAGCUUCAAUGCCCGAUCAGACACCAACAGCAGCCGAGAUAAUUAUUGGUUCCGUUUCGAGCGGUAGUGAGGGUUCUGGAUCAUCACCUGAUGCAUCACCCUUUGACGCUCGCAAAAGCACCAAUCGAACAUCUGGUUCAGCAGUAAGUGGACAACGAUAUGGUGUCAUGCCGGAUUUGUUACCGAGAACUCCAAUUGAACGUUCCGCCCCAUUCCUCGCCUUUACAAAAGACGGUAGUUCUCCAAGUAUUGAGUCACAAAGCGCUGAUGAGUAUCCUUCUGGUGUGAAUAGUUUGCCAAGAAUCCAAGCAUCUCUGGCAGCACGUGAUCGUGAGAAAUCGUUCGUUGCAUACUUCGGUGCGGGUAUGAGCGGAUCUGGUACGGUAAAUCGACCAGGAAGAGCGCAAGAUACUAAUCAGGUACAAGUGAAUGUCAACCCAAAUCCGGUAGCAACAAGUAAUGGUUUGCACUCUGAUGGAGAUGCUCCUGAAAUUCGCAAAUACAAAAAAAAUUUAGCGAUUCUGUGUGCAGCACUUUGGGGAGUAAAUUUAUUGAUAGGAACUGAUUCAGGUCUUAUGUUACUUGAUCGUAGUGGUCAAGGCAAAGUGUAUCAAUUGAUAACACGUCGUCGCUUUGAACAAAUGACAGUACUUGAAGGUCAAAAUAUACUCGUGACAAUAAGUGGACGAAAACGACGAAUACGUGUAUAUUACCUAUCAUGGCUCAAACAAAAAAUUCUCCGAACUGAAGGUGUAAAUGGUGUUGAGUUAGAAAAAAGAAAUGGCUGGGUGAACGUUGGUGAUCUACAAGGUGCCGUGCAUUUUAAAAUUGUCCGUUAUGAAAGAAUCAAAUUUCUUGUAGUGGGUCUGGAAAGUACGGUUGAGAUUUACGCAUGGGCUCCGAAGCCUUACCACAAAUUUAUGGCAUUUAAGGCAUUCAGUCAACUUAUUCAUUUACCGCUUAUUGUUGAUUUGACGGUGGAGAAAAAUUCCCGUCUAAAAGUACUCUAUGGUUCUCGUGAAGGAUUUCAUGCCAUUGAUUUGGAUUCCGGUUCUAUUGAUGACAUUUACACACCUGCUAACACGGAAACGGUAGUUACACCGCACUGCAUAGUAAUACUGCCGAACAGUAACGGGAUGCAGCUGCUGCUGUGUUACAAUAACGAAGGUGUCUAUGUUAGUACAUAUGGCAAAGCAACAAAGAGUGUUUUUCUGCAGUGGGGAGAAACUCCUUCUUCUGUAGCAUAUAUUUCAACGGGUCAGAUAAUGGGAUGGGGUAAUAAAGCAAUAGAAAUCAGAUCUGUUGAUACCGGCCAUUUGGAUGGUGUUUUUAUGCACAAAAAAGCGCAGAAAUUGAAAUUUUUAUGUGAGCGCAAUGAUAAAGUGUUCUUUUCGAGUGCAAAAGGAGGAGGCGCAUGUCAGAUCUACUUUAUGACGCUGAAUAAACCUGGGUUAUCAAACUGGUAA